UAUGAAAUUCGAAAGCAGUGGGAAGUGAUGUUGGACCUAUCACAGCAUUGCUAACAGACAGCCUAUUACAGUAUUUAAUAAAAACAGAAACAGCAUGCCUAUCAUAGGCUAAUAAAUCCUACCUCCUGCACGCUUUAAAAACAGUAUGAAGCAGCUUUAACGGAGCUUCUGAUAACUAAUUUCAAGCAUGGCUGUCUAGCGUGCCUGUCACUAUUGUCCUCCCAAACUCUUUCAGACAUUUUGAGCAGAGAGUAUUAAAGCUAUGAGUUAGCAAGGGUUGUGACAUUAAUGGUCCAGAAAAGCUUUAGGCACGAGAGGCAAUGAUGAUUACCCGUGGCUAUUUGGAGGACUGCACUGGAUCGCUGUCAUUAAAAAUUAAGCGUGGCUUUUGAGGAAGAUGUGACAACUACCGGAGGUCUUUUCGCCAUUCCUCCAGGACUUCCACUGUAAGGAAAACAGCCCCUGGACCAACAUCCUCUAAGAUGUUUAUAUGGACCAGUGGCCGGACCUCUUCAUCUUAUAGACACGAUGAGAAAAGAAAUAUUUACCAAAAAAUCAGGGACCACGACCUCCUGGACAAAAGGAAAACUGUCACAGCACUGAAAGCAGGAGAGGACCGGGCCAUUCUCCUGGGACUGGCCAUGAUGGUCUGCUCCAUCAUGAUGUACUUUCUGCUGGGAAUCACACUCCUGCGCUCAUACAUGCAGAGCGUGUGGACUGAGGAGUCUCAAUGCACCUUGGUGAAUGCAUCCAUCACAGAAACAUUUAACUGCUCCUUCAGCUGUGGUCCAGACUGCUGGAAACUCUCUCAGUACCCCUGCCUCCAGGUGUACGUUAACCUGACUUCUUCUGGUGAAAAGCUCCUUCUCUACCACACCGAAGAGACCAUGAAAAUCAAUCAGAAGUGCUCCUAUAUACCUAAGUGUGGAAAAAAUUUUGAAGAAUCCAUGUCCCUGGUGAAUGUUGUCAUGGAAAACUUCAGGAAGUAUCAACACUUCUCCUGCUAUUCCGACCCAGAAGGAAACCAGAAGAGCGUCAUCCUCACCAAACUCUACAGUUCCAACGUGCUGUUCCAUUCACUGUUCUGGCCAACAUGUAUGAUGGCUGGGGGCGUGGUGAUUGUAGCCAUGGUGAAACUCACACAGUACCUCUCCCUGCUCUGUGAGAGGAUCCAACGGAUCAAUAGAUAAAAGCAAAAGGGAUGAGAUCAUUUUCUUUAAAGCUCAAAUACUGUUUUCUUUCAUUCUUCACCAAAGAACCUUAAGUUUGUAAUGUGCAGUCUGUUAUGAGUUCCUUAAUAUAUUCUUAUAUGUAGAGCAAUAAUGCAAAAGCUGUUCUAUAUGCAAACAUGAUGUCUUUAUUAUUCAGGAGAAGAAAUAACUGUUUUGUGUUGGUUGGUUGUUUUCAUUAUCUUGUUUUGAUGCUGGAACUAGUACUUCCUUCUCUCGUUCCGCCAAAACAGGGCUCAGUUAUUCAUUUGCCAAGCUUUGUGGAGGAAUGUAGACAAUAUCAACGCGAUAAGGUCUGUGUUCUCAAUUGUCAGAUCUCUUGAAGACAUUUCUGCAAUAUUUUUCAUCAUUCAUUGUUUACUAAAGCUGCAGCCAAAAAUGUUCUUUCUUUUCUUACUCAAAACUGAGCCCUGUAGCAAGUGAAGGGACCACAUUUCCUAACUAAAGGAUGUUAAGCAUUUUCCUUAUAUUUCUACCAUAUCACUGUAAAGAAGGGAGAAAACCCAGACAGUUAUUUCUCUUUUAUUAUUUUCUAUUCAUAACUUCAGAUUUUUUAACUGAUUUCCAAAAAUAAGCUGUUUUCAUCAACUGAUUCUAUAAUCUCUUCCUGUGAUUUAAAUAGAAAAUGAACAGAGCCCUUUUCCAUUUAAGACCCUGCUACUGUGUGAGGAGAUAACACUUACAAAGAGUUUCAUUACCUGUGAAUUGACUGAAUGUUGAGUAGGUGCACCACUGCAAUCCAGGAAAGUCUAUGUCACUAAGAUAUUUAUGUGAAAAUCUUUAUUCUAUUUCAAGUCAACUGUUAGAUGGUAAAAUUAAGAUCCUACUUGCUGGCCAAGACUGGUAGACUGAUUUCAGUGGGUAAAUCUACUGUGGCAAAUUAACAUAUUGCAAUGUUACUCUUUGGGAAUUUAUGUUUAACUUAACGAGUAUGUAGUCUCUCUUUCUGACAAGUGUUCCCCAUAGGGAUUUUAAAACUAUGUACACAGAAUAUUUGUCUCCUCUACAUGUUUUAUUUUUCUAUUUACAAUUCUAUUAUUUUUUUGCUAGAUUUUAUACACAGAGUAGACUUUUUUCCUAACACACACUUUAAAUGAAUAACAGCUCUAAAGGAAGACUUUGUUCACAAUGCCAUUUACUUAUUGUGUUGAGGGGGGCGGGGUGGAAUGAGGGAUUGAUUUUAAACAAAAACAUUCCAUCUUUUAUUUAACAUCAAUAUCAAAAGGGAAAGACACACAUCUAUCUUUCUCAUCUAUAUUUAAGUACCCUUUUGUAAUGUGGUAUCAAAGUUUUCUACAAAUUGGAAAAUUUUACAAAACAUAUUUGUGGAAUGAAUAGUGAAACUAAUCUGAUGAAGUGGAAAAUAUCCUGUAAUACUGUAAUUCAUAGUUUGACUUUCCAUAAGCACAUAAAUCCUUAGGGUAUAAUCAGGACUUCAAAUGUGUAAUUAAAAUUUAAACAAAAAUCCAUGACAUCAGCAAGAUUUGAAUACCUCUUGCGUUCUGUUCUAAGCUGACAAGCCCAUGGCAGUCCAAAAACCUAUGAUUCACUACAUUUACAGCAUUUAAAGAGAUUAUAAAGUCCCUUUGACAUCCAAACACAUACAACUUUCAAGCAAUAUUAUGAAUAUUUGGAAAAUAUGAUGGAAAAUUCGACUCUUACUCUAAAAACAUAAUUCUGAAGAUGAUAGAAAAAUCGUGGAGCUGAAAAUUUAUAAUCUUCAAUAUUUCUUGAGCUUCCCUUCAAGUAAUCCAAAGAUGACUUUUAUUUUUUUUUUUUUAGGACUUGUAAUUAAAAAUUCCCAACUAAUGUUUCAGAGAAGAAUGAAGAAAUCUCAAAAUAAAGACACCAAAAAGAAGUUAACUAGUGCCCUCUAAGUUCCAGUAAAACAACGGCCCCUUCAAGUAAUUUAAAUGUAUCCACAAUUAAAUGCUCAUUAUUAAAGGAGAAUGAACUGGGAAUAAUAAUAAUGUCUUAAAUGCUUUGCAUAGGUUAGCUAAUUUAAUCUUUAUUACAAUCCUAUUGGAGGGAUCAUUAUUAUUUUCCCAUUCUAUAGAAGAGAAUGUUGAGGCUUAGAGAUGUUAAGUAACUUCCCGAAGGUUACACAGAUACUCAAAUGGCAGAGAGCUGAGAAAAUACCCAGCCUGUACCUUCUCCCCCAUUUCCAUGGCUUUGGAGUAUUGUUGAUAACACUGAGGAAUGCUAAAGUUGGGAAAGGAUUAUAGGGGUAAAAGGUAAAGAAGAUCACUGAGCUGGAAGGCAAAGAUAUCUUUCAAGACAUGGUGACUAGAUGACUUCAGGCUUCUCAAUUAGUCUCUUGACUUCUUUAAUUAUAAGAUUAGAAUGUGUGACCAGCUGAUCACUGAGUCCCCUUUUAACAUUAACAUUUCAUCCUAGGUGUAUGGAAGGAAGGAUGAAUACCAUUCUCCAACCUUCAUAGCACAGAACUGAUCCUCAAAUAGAACCUACACAUAUUUGUCCAUGGAUUAAAAACGGCCUCCCUGCUAAUAUUCCCUAUAAGCCACAUGUCCCUUCUUUAGGGCCCAAAACUUUAUUUACACCUCCCAGAAGCAGAGCUCUGAGUCUCCACAUUAUUCAACAAAGAUGAUAUCCCUUACAGAAUACCUAUGCUUCCAAAUCACUUUCAUUAGCCAAUUGGCAUAUCCCAUCUAAAACUUUAUUGAUUUCAAAUUCCCUGAGUUGUAAUUAUAUUAAAACCCAGAAAAUGGUAAAUAUACCAAUGAUUGCAUGCAAAUAGCCAUAAUAAAAAAUAUGGCUUUCUACAGAAAGCCACUGAUGAAGUGCUGACUGAUCAUAAUGAUGGUGUAGGCAAUCAUAAAAUACCUCUUAUAUAGGCCACGUGACAUUUAGGGUUCCAGCACAUUACUCUUUUCUCAUUGCUGUAAAUAACCAAAAAAAGUAAUUAUGCGUGGCAUUUAUAUAACAAAUAUUAUUUUCAGUAUGUCAAGCCAUAAACAUCACAUUUCAGUGGAUAAAACAUCUUGACACUGUAAUCAUUCCAUUGACAUUAACAGAGAGAUCUGUUAAGACAGCAAAAUAAUAUAGGCAGUUGAUGCAAGUGAGUUAAAACAAUAAUUUUAAAGCGAUGAUUUGUCAUUCACAAGCACAAUUAAAUUUCCUCCCCCCCCCCCGCGCCAAAAUACCGAAGCAAACAAUGCUCCAGCAAGCAAGGGAAUUUUUGUCCUGAUGAGGAAAAGGAGGUGAUUAAAGGUUGGACAUUGUUCCUCUUCUUCCCAACUUCUACUUUUUUCCCUUUCUCUAUGUAAAACAUUCAGUAAGAACAACCUCACAGUUCUGCGGUAACCACGCCAAUGUAUGUACCAUGUGAGAAGUUUGACUCAAGGAACAAAGUUUCAGGACUCUCCUGAAGAACCUGUCAGGGUGAUGUGCACAACAGAACUAAGCAGACAACUUUUUAGGUGAAUCUGUUCCACCUUUCCAUAAUGGCAGCAACUGUAAGGAAUAAUACAAGUAUACAACACUGCCUUCUCUCCUAAGAAUGAGUUUGUGAUUAACCAGAAGGGGUCAAGACAACGUAUAUGAAAAAGUAGAGAGAGAGAGAGAACAGUUAGGUCUCUAAUCCACAUCUGUGAGCAUAGUAUCUACAGAGGGUUCAUAUGAGGUUGACCUGGGGUAUAUAUGUAAAAUGCCUAGCACUGUAUAUAGCAUAUAAUAGAUGCUUACCAAGUGGCAAUUAUUACUAUUAAUAGCAAAAUGUAGAAGUAGUAUUAAUAGUAUUAAUCAUAUAACCACUAGUAGUACAUAGUCUCUUAGAGCUAGAAUAGCUCAAAAAUGUCGUUUUGCCCAGAACUCACAGCAAUGCCUAAAUCCCUUCUACAACAUCCUUAGCAGGGAUCAUCUAGUGAUAGGGAUAGUUACUACUUGAAUCCUGCCAGCAGUGGGAUAGCUUACCAAUUAAUAAGACAAUGCUGGAAAGUUUUCCUGAUACCAGUUUGAAAUCUGCCUCCCUAUAAUAUCUACCCACUAAAUUCACACAAAAUCAGAUCAGUACUCCUGUGUCACUAACUUACCCUAUUAGUGCGAUUUUAUUAAAAAAUGGAGGAGGGAUUGGGGAAAGAGCAAUUUUCAUUUGUUUAGAAUACAAAACCAUGGAAAAUCACACAUUCAGCCAGGAUUAUGACAUAAAUGAAAAUUUAUAAAUGACAUCAACUUUCAAAGGUUAAUAAUAUACCUAUUAGAACCUACACAUUCAUAAAUGAAUUGAUGAGCUAGCUUAACCCUCAGAUGCCCAUGUGAAUUUUAAUCCUGCACCAUCUCUCAAGUAAUUUCACUGUCUGAAAUUCUACAUUGUGUUCUUAUUCAACUCUGACACCAGACUAAGUUAUCUAAGUAACCAGAUUACUUAGGAGCAUAGAUAUGUUCCUAACAAGACACUACUAUAAUUAUGCCAUGGAUUCGCCUUGGCUAAAGUACCAUUCUCCAGUGCAAGGCCAAGGAACUGGAAGGAAAUGUCAAUCUGUGAACUCCAGCAGUGACUUUAUGAAUUAACUGCUUCAUUUAGGUAGGAAGAAAAGUUGUUCUCUCAAUAUAAUCACCUAAUUAGGGCUUCCAGAACUGUUCUUUAGCCAGCUUCUUCCAAAACAAAUGUAAUCCCCAAGCCCUUGCAAGUUGUAAUGUGACUUGUUACCAACAUAGUGUGAUAUCAGGACAUGGAGAAGGCUCAAGGUCGUCUACACAAUUUCAUCCCCUAUUAGCACUGUUAGCAGUACCAGAAAUUGCUUUGGGUAGAAAUCACAACUUCCCUUCAUAAAAAUAUCUCUGUCUCUCCAUCUCCCUCUCUCUCUCUCUCUCUCUCCCUCCCUCCCUCCCUCUCCCUGUAUCUCUCUGUUUCUCUCUCUCUCUCUCUCUUUCUCCUAGCUCUUUUUUUUUCCAUUGGUUGUGUUCUUAAUCUUCAUACACCAGCAAAGAUGGCCCCAUGGUGACAAAAUUCCUCAUGUCUAAAACUGCAGGAGGAGACUAAGCCAGAACUCCGCUCAGUCCUCCAAACUGCCAGCUCUCUCUGUAUCACUUGGCCACUACUGACCCACCCCAGUCACUACGGAGCAGCCCACUGGGUGGGGUCAAGUAACUCCCGAAGGAAAAUGGACAUGUGGAAAGAAGAGAAGAAGGGGUGCCAGGCAAGCAAAAACAACAGAUAUCCACUACCGGCAACCUGGACCAAGUGCUUCUACCAACAGAGAUUUUGGGUGAAGGAGAAAGAGCACUGCAGACAUGAGAAAAACUCAUGGGACUGAAAGAGUAAAAAAGAACUAGUACUCAGAAUUUACUUUGCAAUUUUUCUAUCACUCCCCCAGUUAUUAAUAAAAUUUAAAAGAAAAAGAAAUUUCUGAUUUUCAUUCAAUGAGAGA